GGAGGCUCGGCGCUGGGCACGUGCGCCUCUGGGCGUCCCGGUCCGCCCCCCGCGGCCAGUGAGUCCUCAGCCCCUAGGCGGCUGCGGCGAGAGCCUGGGACCCGGGCAUCGCCGAGGCCCCGCCCCCGCUCCGGCCUUGACGUCAGCGGGAGGUUAUUCUCGGUCAUUCCCUCCGGCCCGAGAGUUCAGCUCGGCGCAGGAGCUCUUGCGCAGGCGCGCGGGCGCCUCCAGCCCCUGCCCCCCAGGGUCCGGUUCUCCUAGCCGGCGCCGGGCAUCGGUUCGGCACACAUUUACUGAGCAUCUACUAGGCCCCGUCCUAGGCACCAGGGGUUCACAGACAGACCUGGGCUCCCCUUUUCUUGGAAGCACAAAAAUCGCCAAGGAAACCCACAAACGGAUAUUUAGUUACACCUUGUGGUCGAGCCGGGGCAGGGCGACAGCUUCCGGCAGAGCGGUGGGGUGAGACCUGAAAGUCAGCCCCAGGACCCGCUGGGAAGGAUGUCUUCGCCGCAGAGGGCACGGCGAGGAGUUGGAGAUUCACAGGCGAGAGCCUUUGACUCAUGAGACUGAGGACCGGCCUUGCGCCCCGCCCAGCCGGGCAUCUGCCUCGACCAGACUCUGUCGUGUGACCAGCUCUUGGCGUGGCGCUCUCACCAGGAGUCUCAGGUUCUGUGCCGAAGGCACUGCCCCCGCCACAGUGCGCCGUGGCUCCUGACAUGCUUCAGCUCAUCAACAACCAAGACAGCGACUUCCCGGGCCUGUUCGACCCGCCCUACGCUGGGGGCGGAGCAGGGGGCACAGAGCCCGCCAGUCCAUAUGCCAGCUCCCCAGGCAGCCUGUCCCCACCUCCUUCCACGAUGAGCUCCCCACUCGAAGGCUUCCUGGGGGGGACCAAGGCGACAACCCCACCCUUGUCCCCUCCCCAGCCUGCACCCACCCCCCUGAAGAUGUACCCUUCCGUGCCUGCCUUCUCCGCGGGGCCUGCUAUCAAGGAGGAACCAGCACCCCAGACCACCCUCCAGCCGCUGCCGGGGGCCCUCCUGCCCCAGCGUGUUCCGGCCCCAGCCCCACCGCAGUUCAGCUCUGCCCCUGUGUUGGGCUAUCCCAGCCCUCCUGGAGGCUUCUCCACAGGGACCCCCCCGGGGAGCACCGCGCAGUCGCUGCCUGGCCUGCCACUGGCUGCCCUUCCAGGGGUCCCGCCCGUCUCCUUGCACAACCAGGUCCAGAGUGCGGCUCCCCAGCAGCUGUUGACGGCCACAGCCACCCCGACGGUGGCCCCUGGAACAACCGCUGUGACCUCACAGGUCCAGCAGGUCCCGGUCCUGCUGCAGCCCCACUUCAUCAAGGCAGACUCGCUGCUCCUGACGACUGUGAAAACAGACGUGGGGGCCCCCAUGAAGGCGGCAGGCAUCAGCUCCCUGGCCCCUGGCAUGGCUGUGCAGGCAGCGCCCUUGCAGACCCUGGUGAGUGGCGGAACCAUCCUGGCGACUGUGCCGCUGGUAGUGGAUGCUGACAAGCUGCCCAUCAACCGGCUGGCAGCUGGCGGCAAGGCCCCGGGCUCGGCCCAGAGCCGAGGUGAGAAGCGUACGGCCCACAAUGCCAUUGAGAAACGCUACCGCUCUUCCAUCAAUGACAAGAUCGUCGAGCUCAAGGACCUGGUGGUGGGCACAGAGGCCAAGCUGAAUAAAUCUGCUGUCUUGCGCAAGGCCAUCGACUACAUCCGCUUCCUUCAGCAGGGCAACCAGAGACUCAAGCAGGAGAACCUGAAUCUGCGCACCGCUGCCCACAAAAGCAAAUCUCUGAAGGACCUGGUGUCAGCCUGCAGCAGUGGAGGCCACACAGACGUGCCCAUGGAGGGCGAGAAGCCAGAGGUGGUGGACACCCUGAGCCCGCCACCCUCGGACGCCGGCUCGCCCUUCCAGAGCAGCCCACUGUCCCUUGGCAGCAGGGGCAGUAGCAGUGGUGGCAGCGGCAGUGACUCGGAGCCUGACAGCCCAGUCUUUGAGGACAGCCAGGUGAAGCCAGAGCAGCUGCCGCCCCCCCACAGCCGGGGCAUGCUGGACCGCUCCCGCCUGGCCCUGUGUGUGCUUGUCUUCCUCUGUGUCUCCUGCAACCCUUUGGCCUCCCUGCUGGGCAGCCGGGGUCCCGCUGGCCCCUCCGAUGCCACCAGUGUCUACCAUGGUCCUGGGCGCAGCAUGCUGGGUGCUGAGGGCAGAGACGGCCUUGGCUGGGCCCCGUGGCUGCUGCCCCCACUGGUCUGGCUGAUGAACGGGCUGCUGGUGCUGUCCUCCUUGGCGCUGCUCUUUGUCUACGGAGAGCCGGUCACGCGGCCCCACUCGGGCCCCGCCGUGCACUUCUGGAGGCAUCGCAAGCAGGCCGACCUGGACCUGGCCCGGGGGGACUUCGCCCAGGCUGCCCAGCAGCUGUGGCUGGCCCUGCGGGCCCUGGGCCGACCCCUGCCCACCUCCCACCUGGACCUGGCCUGCAGCCUGCUCUGGGGCCUCAUCCGCCACCUGCUGCAGCAUCUCUGGGUGGGCCGCUGGCUGGCAGGCCGGGCGGGGGGCCUGCGGAGGGAUGGUGCCCUGCAGGUGGACGCCCGCACCAGUGCCCGCGACGCGGCCCUCGCCUACCACAAGCUGCACCAGCUGCACACCAUGGGGAAGUACUCGGGCGGGCACCUGGCUGCCGCCAACCUGGCACUGAGUGCCCUGAACCUGGCCGAGUGCGCGGGGGAGGCCAUGUCCGUGGCCACGCUGGCUGAGAUCUAUGUGGCCACCGCGCUCAGGGUCAAGACCAGUCUCCCCCGGGCCUUGCAUUUCCUGACACGCUUCUUCCUGAGCAGCGCCCGCCAGGCCUCCCUGGCACAGAGCGGCUCAGUGCCUCUUGCCAUGCAGUGGCUCUGCCACCCUGCGGGCCACCGUUUCUUCGUGGAUGGUGACUGGGCCGUGUGCAGCGCUCCGCGGCACAGCCUGUACAGCGUGGCCGGGGACCCAGUGGACCCCCUGGCCCAUGUGGCUCAGCUGUUCCGUGAACAUCUCUUGGAGCGAGCACUGCAUUGCCUGGCCCAGCCCAGCCCCGGCCCCGGAUCAGCCGAUGGGGACAGGGAAUUCUCCGAUGCCCUCGGGUACCUGCAGCUGCUGAACAGCUGUUCUGACGUGGCCGGGGCUCCUGCCUGCAGCUUUUCCAUCGGCUCCGGCAUGGCUGCCACCGCCGGCACAGACCCGGUGGCCAAGUGGUGGGCCUCGCUGACGGCUGUGGUGACCCACUGGCUCCGGCGGGAUGAGGCAGCGGCCGAGCGGCUGUAUCCGCUGGUGGAGCACCUGCCCCGCGCCCUGCAGGAGUCUGAGAGACCCCUGCCCAGGGCGGCUCUGCACACCUUCAAGGCUGCCCGGGCCCUGCUGGGCCGUGGGAAGGCAGAGUCUGGCCCGGCCAGCCUGGCCAUGUGUGAGAAGGCCAGUGGGUACCUUCAGGACAGCCUGGCCGUUACACCAGCCGGCAGCUCCAUUGACAAGGUCAUGCAGCUGCUCUUGUGUGACCUGCUCCUUGGGGCGCGCACCAGCCUGUGGCAGCGGCAGAAGCCGCCGGCACCCUCCCAGGCCUCACCGGGCCCGGGCAGUGGGGCCCAGGCCUCUGCCCUCGAGCUCCGUGGCUUCCAGAGGGACCUGAGUGGUCUGAGGCGUCUGGCACAGAGUUUCCGGCCUGCCAUGCGGAGGGUGUUCCUGCAUGAAGCCACUGCCCGGCUGAUGGCAGGGGCCAGCCCGGCGCGGACACACCAGCUCCUGGACCGCAGCCUGAGGAGGAGGGCCGGCCCCUGCGGCAAAGGAGGCACGGCGGCGGAGCUGGAGCCGCGGCCCACGAGGCGGGAGCACGCGGAGGCGUUGCUCCUGGCUUCCUGCUACCUGCCGCCCGGCUUCCUGUCGGCGCCUGGGCAGCGAGUGGGCAUGCUGGCCGAGGCGGCACGCACGCUCGAGAAGCUCGGUGACCGCCGGCUGCUGCAUGACUGCCAGCAGAUGCUCAUGCGCCUGGGCGGCGGGACCACCGUAACCUCCAGCUAGACCCCCGCUGGCGGCCCAGCCCCAGCGCCCCUGUUUCUGUCUCGACGGCCGAGGGCAGCGCCGGAGACCCGGGGUCCGAGGCUCGCCCACGGAGUGCACUGUCCCUGGAAGGCUGGAGACCCUCGGGGACUUCCGCACUUGACCUUGGGGCCUCUCCAGCCCGCUCCAGCCCUCGAUGAGCGGCGGCCGGGAUGGUGCUGGCCCCUGGUGGCCGGCCGGGGGAUUGCCGGGGCCUGGCCGCCGCCGGGGGUCAACUGUUAGGCGCGCCGCCGCCGAUCCUGGGCUUUCCCUCUCCGUCCAGAGGGAAGAGGGGUGCGUCUCACUGAGCCGAAGGGCCCUGCCCCCGGCGCCUCCCUCCCAUCUGGGGAGACCUGUGCAUAGUGUAGAUCGUGGUGCGCCAGCCUCCUGGCCUCUGAGGUUCCAAGUGUUACUUUGCCUUUUGCAAACUUUAUUUUCAUAGGUUGAGAAGUUUUAUACAGAGAAUAAAAAAUGAACUUAUUUAUAAUCUGGGUUUUGCUCCUUUGGGGAGGGGUGUGUGUGCUAACCAGAGGGGAUCCUUUGGGCCAUCCGUCCCCCCAGCACCCAGGCAAAUGCUUCCCAUCCCUACCUGCCUUUCGGUUUGGGAGGCCCGGCUUUAUUCCCUCCAGCUGACUUGGGUCCCACUGAUCACGGGGCCGCACGUUUGGGCUAUAUCAUCUCCUAACCCUUAGGGUCCAUAUGGUCUCAGCUGUGCCUCCUUGCCUCCUCUCCCAGCUUCUGCCCCCUUCAGGUCCCGGGAUGACAUGGGAGGACAGCUCCACGUCUUUGGGGAUCUGUUGGGACAGCAGGAGCUACAACCUGGGUCUCCCUGUGUGUCUGGGUGUCAGUCUCACCUGCCUGACCCCUGUCCCCUUCCCGGAGGUCACAUGGGUGUGGCUGGGCAGCAAGGGCUUCUUUCCUGUACCUGCAGUAAGGUCCCCAGAGCCCUCCUCUCCCCUCCCCUCCAUUCCAACCUCUCCCCCAGAGCCUGGCCCCUCUCCCAGCAGAAUCUGGUCAGAAUCCACGGGCUGCAGAAUUCCAAAACAAUCGUUGUAUCUUUAUUGACUUUUUUUUUUUCUGAAUGCAAUGACUGUUUUUUUUUUACUCUUAAGGAAAAUAAACAUCUUUUAGAAACA